UCAUCCAUAGGGUUUUGUCCUGGGUUCUGUUCAGCAUCUUUAUUACUGAUGUGCAUGAAGGUUUAGAGGGCAUGCUUGUCAUGUUUGCAGAUGAUGUCAAAUUAGGAGGAAUAGCUAAUAGAUCAGUAUUCAAAAUGACCUUAACAGAUUAGAGAGCUGGGCCAAAACUAACAAAAUGAAUUUCAGCAAGGACAAAUGUAAGAUCUACACUUAAUGCAGAAAAAAUAAUAUGCACAGAUACAGAAUGGGUGACGCCUGGCUCGACAACAGUCCAUGUGAAAAAGAUCUUGGAGUUUUUGUGGACAACAAGUUGAACAUGAGCCAGUGGUCUGAUGCAACAGCUUAAAAAGCCAAAGGGAUUUUGGGCUGCAUCAAAAGGAGUAUAAGUGAAGUCAUGGUGCCUCUCUAUUCUGCUUUAAUCAGGCCUCACCUGGAAUAUUGUGUCCAAUUCUGGGCACCACAGUUUAAAAGAGAUAUUGACAAGCUGGAAGGUGUCCAGAGGAGGGCAACUAAAACUAUCAAAGGUCUGGAGACCAUGCCCCAUGAGCUGGGUAUAUUUAGCCUGCAGAAGAAAAGGUUGAGAGGAGACAUGAUAGCCAUGUAAAAAUAUGUGGAAGGAUGUCAUAAGGAAAGGGAGCAGGCUUGUUUUCUGCUGCACUGGAAACUAGGACUCGGGGCAAUGGGUUCAAAUUACAGAAAAGGAGAUUCCACCUGAACAUUAGGAAGAACUUCCUGACUGUAAGAACUUUUCAUCAAUGAAGCUGUCUGCUUUGAAGUGUAGUGGAAGCGCCUUCCUUGACGGCUUUUAAACAGAGGCUGGAUGGCCAUUUGUCAGGGGUACUUUGAUUAUGCUUUUCCUGCAUGGCAGAAGGUUGGACUAGAUCAGGGGUCCCCAAACUAAGGCCCGGGGGCCGGAUGCGGCCCUCCAAGGUCAUUUACCUGGCCCCCGCCCUCAGUUUUAUAAUAUAACUAGCUGUGCCCGGCCACGCGUUGCUGUGGUAUUGUCUACUGGUGUUGGUGAGAAAUUGUUGAGGUAGUAGUGGUAUUGAAUGUCUGUUGUAUAGUUGUCUUUAUGUUUAGUAUGCACACUGAAGUGGAUUAUAUGGCAGUGUGGAGUCAAGAUAAUCCAGUUCAAAGCAGAUAAUAUAAAAUUCUAAAUGGGUUAUAUAGAUGUGUAUAUAGAGUGUACACUGCCAUAUAAUCCAGUUAAAAUAUGAUAAUCUGUGGAAGAGGCCUAAGUGAGGCCUAACUGUGCCUGUCCCUUGGACUGAGUAGGUUGCUAGGAGACCAAGUGGGCGGAGUUUAGCCUUCAAACUGGCAGCAAUUGGAUAAAAACUAUUAUUCCUCUCCCUGUAAUUAGGACUUUAUUUUUCUUUUUCUUUUUUUUUGUUGUAUCAACCUAGAGCCGUGAAUGAUGGGUUUUGUUGUCAAAUUUUGAGGUUGGGAGGCCUGUAGUUUUGUUGUUUUGUCCGCUGCCCUGAUGCCAUCACUCUUUUAUAUAUAUAGAUAUAUUGUAUAUACAUAUAAUAUUGAUAAUAAUAUUAUAAUGUAAUACAAUAUAACACUAAUAAUAAUAAUACCAUACAAUAGUAUUAAUUAUAUAUUAUAUAUUACUAAUAAUAUUACAGUAUAGUGGUAUAGUUCAAUAUAGCAAUAUAUAAUGCUAAUAGUGUGCUAUGCUAAUAAUAUAACAUAUUGUAUGUACAUAUAAUUUGUAAGCCACACUUGAGUCCCCUUUGGGGUGAGAAGGGUGUGAUACAAAUGUAGUAAAUAAAUAAAUUUUAGACUUAGGCUCGCCCAAAGUCUGAAAUGACUUGAAGGCACACAACAACAACAACAACCCUAAUUAACUUGACUAUCUCAUUGGCCAUAAGCAGGCCCACACUUCCCAUUGAAAUUCUGAUAAAUGUAUGUUGGUUAAAAUUGUUUUUAUUUUUAAAUAUUGUAUUGUUCUUUCAUUGUUCUUGUUGUUGUUGUUGUUGUUGUUGUUGUUGUUUUUGCACUACAAAUAAGACAUGUGCAGUGUGCAUCGGAAUUUGUUCGUAUUUUUUUCAAAUGAUAAUCCGGCCCCUCAACAGUAUGAAGGAUUGUGGACUGGCCCUCUGCAUAAAAAGUUUGGGGACCCUUGGACUAGAUGGUCCAUGUGCUCUCUUCCAAUUCUAUGUUUCCAGAAUAGUGAUAUCAGUCUGAAAAUAAUUCGUAUUUAUGUACAUUGAUAGCAAUUAAAACUGAGGCAAGGUAGGUUUCCCUUGUUCUCAAUGUAAGCCAAGUCAGCUUUUCUUUCUCUCCCCACCCCCCUCUCUUUUUGUAUAUGUAUGUGUUGGCAGCCGUUUAACACUAGGGGUGUGCACAAUAUCACUUUGAUAAACCUUUUUCGGGGGAUUUGGGCAAUCCAUCAGCCAGAUCCCUAGAAACGGGGUGUGGGCAGCCAAAGGUUGACAAUAACAAGGCGCCUGUUGGCUGAUAUUUGGCUGUAUCGGCUGCCACAUGAGAAGAACAGCUGCGUGUGUGCAGGUUUUUCCUCCCCUGCCCCUGUUAUCCUUGGCGGAGCCAAUCAGAAGAAGAACGAGGGUUAUUUCUCUUUUUGCAAAGCUGGUCUAUAUAUACCAGGGCAAGCUCCACCAUUUUUCUGUGGCAUCCUGGCAUUUGAAAGAGAGAUUGUGCUAGCUAGCUCCGCGUGUUCUAUCUCAGUACUGUCACUGCAUCUUGGUGCUUAGAGAUCUUUUUUGAGAAUUCCAAACUUUUUCUUCUGCUUUAAAUUUUCUUUGUUAAUAUCUUUCUUAUAAUUCUUCUUUUACUAGUAAUUUCGCUAGGGAGGAGUGGGUGGGCGUGCAUUAUGGGGGCACUGUGAGGUUUUUGGGGGGUUGCUUUAAGUUCACUGAGUAGGGGUUAGGUUUAGGGAAUAGCCUGACUCCCUUGAGUCUUCGUGGGGAAAGUUUCCCCAGCCCUACCUUCUGGCUUCUGUACUCUGUCCUGCACCGGCAGCCUAAGUUCCUCCCUCCACAAAAAUAAAAAAGCUCUUUCUUCUUCUAGUUCUCCUCUUUGACUCUCAGUCUUUGCUAUUCCUUCUCCAGCCCUACCUUUUGGCUUGUGUGUGUGUACUCCUGCACCAGUCUAGCAGUCCUCCUCCCCCACUCUCAUUUGUUAUUAUUUUAAAAGACAUUUAUUUGUAGAAACUUUAAAUAUUUCCUAAAAAUUAGAGGAUGGCUCAAACAUUCAGAAGCUUGGGGGGCUUGCAGAUGUAAAUGUUUCCUCCAAGUGUGGACAUUUUCAUAAAAAUGACAGAAAGAGGAACCUUGCCAUUUUCCCCAUUCUUGCCAAUGGACUGGAUUUUCUUGGAGCAAAAACGGAGCUUCUGGGUGACGGAUCAUGAAAUGGUAUUUUCCCUCUCCCGAUUUUGGAAAUUUCCUGGUAAAUGGAAUUGGCUGUGUGUGUGUGUGUGUGUAUGAAAACAGGUCUGAAAAUGGGAUGGGUUUUUGAUUAAUCAUAUGUCAAUAUAUCCAAAGUUAACACAUGAUAUUAUAGGAACUUCCAAGAAGGGUCCAAACAGAGCAGACUGUAAAUCUAUGAAGGGUGCCAGGUGAUUUGAAGACAUUUCAGUCUAGCAGGUGAGACCUGGGCUACUGGGUUUCAGAGAUCUCAAACUGAGUAACACACUCUAUCAAGAUCUGAAAUCCACAAUUCUAUCAUCAUCAUCUUUAUUAUCAUCAUCAUCAUCAUCAUCAUCAUCAUGUUUAUUUAUAGCCUGCUAUUUCUCUCCAUGUUUAGUCUGCAGAAGAGAAGGCUGAGAAGAGACAUGAUAGCCAUGUAGAAAUAUGUGAGGGGAAGUCACAGGAGGAGGGAGCAAGCUUGUUUUCUGCUGCCCUGCAGACUAGGAUGCGGAACAAUGGCUUUAAAUUACAGGAAAGGAGAUUUCAUUUGAACAUCAGGAAGAACUUCCUCACUGUGAGAGCUGUUCAGCAGUGGAACUCUCUUCCCCGGACUGUGGUGGAGGCUCCUUCUUUGGAGGCUUUUAAACAGAGGCCGGAUGGCCAUCUGUCAGGGGUGCUUUGAAUGCGAUUUCCUGCUUCUUGGCAGGGGGUUGGACUGGAUGGCCCAUGAGGUCUCUUCCAACUCUACUAUUCUAUGAUUCUAUGAUUAUAUUAGAGAUUCAAAGCAGCUCACAACUAAAAGCAUUGCAAUACAACUUAAUAUAUACAAAUAUACAAAUAUUAAAACAGUAUUAAUCAUAAUUAAAAGCAUAUAAAAUCACAGCAGCCCCUGACAAUCUUAAAAACCAUCUUUAAAAGCCUGUCUGAAUAAGAAGGUUUUAGCCUGUCACCAGAAGGACAGCAGGGAGGGGGCCAUUCUGUCUUCCCUGGGCAGGGAGUCCCAAAGUCGAGGGGCAGUCACCGAGAAGACCCAUUUCCUCUCCACCAUCAAUUGAGCUUGAGAUGGAGGUGGGACCAAGAGAAGGGCCUCUCCUGAAGAUCUCAGAGCCCAGGCAGGUUCAUACAAGAGGAUGCAGUUGACCAAUAGCCUGGACCUGAACUGCCUAGAGAGUCUGUACUCAGCUGAGUGUUGUCUGGCCAAAUUAUUUCCUAGAGAGCAGUAACCCAGAAAGCCAGUUUACUUCUCUAGAAAAUAAAUGCUUCCCCUCCACCCAUUUUCCUUCUCGGCCAUUUCUGCCUUGGUGAUCUAGGGAGGGAGGGAUAUUUCUUAAGGGCACCAGGACUGUUAUCCUAGAAUACGUCUUUAGGAUAGCAUCUGGCUAAGGCUCAUAGUUGAUGCCUGGCUCCAAAUAUAGCUCCUACAUGACCAUAGCUACUGGUUUGGACUUUAUCUCAUGAUGCUGCACAGGAUAAAUGUAAUGACACUGAAUGACAUUAUAUCUCUAGUACUGUUUACACUUGUAUCUUUAGAGUAAACUCAGGUUGGAUACUUCUCAGUAACUAUGGCAGAUGAAGUUUUGGAGGUUGAAAUGGGAAUCUUGAUUGGGUUGCUGUGAAUUUUCUGGGCUGUAUGGCCACGUUCCAAAAGCAUUCUCUCCUAACAUUUUGCCUACAACUAUGGCAGGCAUCCUCAGAGGUUGUGAGGUCUGUUUGAAACUAGGCAAGUGGGGAUUAUAUAUCUGUGGAAUGUCCAGGGUGGGAGAAAGAACUCUUGUUUGUUGGAGGCAAGUGUGAAUGUUGCAAUUGCCAGCUUGAUUAGCAUUGAAAAGCCUUGCAGCUUCAAAGCCUGGUUGAUUCCUGCCUGGAGGAAUCCUUUGUUGGGAGGUGUUAACUGGCCUUGAUUAAUUCUUGUCUGGAAUUCCCCUGUCUUCUGAGUGUUGUUUUUUUUUCUGUCCUGAUUUUAGAAUUUUUUAAUACUGACCCUAUUAUAUUUUGCAUAAGCCCUGCCCUUUCAAUUGCAAUUUUAUUUGUCCCACUACUUGGUUCUUUGAUUCUUAUUAAUGUAUUUUUGAUGCUUUUAUUCUGUGGUUAAUUGCUUUUAUGUCAUUGUUAUGUGUUAUUCUUUGUUUUUAUUUUAUAUUUUUGCAUACUUGUAUUCUAAGCUUAUUCCCCGUGUAGGCUUAUUCCCUGAGUCCCUUUGAGGAGAUGGAGGCAGGUUCUAAAAUAAAGUAUCAUCAUCAUCAUCAUCAUCAUCAUCAUCAUCAUCGUCGGUAGCCAGAUUUUUUUCAUUUUCAUGUUUUCCUCCUUUCUAUUGAAAUUGUCCACAUGCUUGUGGAUUUCAAUGGCUGCUCUGUGUAGUCUGACAUAGUGGUUGCUAGAGUGGUCUAGCAUUUCUGUGUUCUCAAAUAAUAUGCUGUGUUCAGUCCUCUGCUAUGGCUGAUUUCUCUGGUUGAAUUAGUCUGCAUGCCUUUCAUGUUCCUUGAUUCGUGUUUGGGCAAUGCUGCGUUUGGUGGUCCCUAUGUAGACUUGUCCUCAGCUGCAUGGUAUACAGUAGACGCCCACAGAGGUGAGAGGAUCUCUCUUGAUGUUUGCUGAAUGUGGCAUUUCUUGGAUUUUCUUAGUGGGUCUGUAGAUCAUUUGUAGGUUGUGUUUCUUCCUCAGCUUCCCUAUGCAGUCAGUGGUUCCCUUGAUGUAUGGCAAGAACACUUUUCCUUUGUGUGGAUCUUUGUCUUUGCUCUUGUGGCUUGUUCUUGAUUCUUUUGGUGGUCUCUGGCAUCAGAAAUCAUCAGAUUUUACAGGGAGGCAAUUAGACAGAAGAAUAUCCAGACAGUCCCUUGGGUAAGUUGUGGUCUGGUUGAUCAGGAACCUUACUUUAUGCAUUAUAUGUAAAACAUUCUAGUAAACAGUGCACAUUUCCUAGAAGGAUGUGCACUGCUGAAAUCUGACAGCAUCCUCCACCCUGCCUUCUUGCUUCUUGAGUACAAUUUAACCACUAAGUAAACAUUUGAAAGCACAUGAAGAAACGAGAUGGCAAUGUGGGAGGGGAUUAACUCCAGCAGAUAUUGCCUCUACCUUUCUCUCUCCCUCCCUCAGAUGCUUUCAUCCUGGCGCUGAUUUAUAUCCUGGCGCCCUAUAUGAGAGCCAUGCGUGAGUUAGGGCCUUUUACCCUAGCACUCAAGACCUGGCUCUUUACUAGAGCUUUUGAUCUAUGUUAAUUUUAUCAAUAUUUGUAUGUAUGUUUUUAUCCUUUACCAUUUUAUCUUGUAAAUCGCCUAGAGCAUCUUGGAUGGAGGGCGAUUAAUAAGUAAUUAAAUGAUGAUGAUGAUGAUGAUGAUGAUGAUGAUGAUGAUGAUGAUGAUGAUGUAGCCGGCCUCCUUUCCCUUCCCGCUCUACCUUUCCCAUUCUCUGCCAUCCUUUCUGUCUUGGCCCAGACUCACUAAGUCCCGCCCACAUUCCAAAGGCAACCCUACUGACAGUUGCUACAGAAAGAACUCUCCUUCCUCUCUAUCCCAUUUGUAGCCCCAUUCCCAUUUUGCUUCUGUCCUUUUCCGAGCUAUCCUAGCCAGAAUAAGAAAACAGAGAAAGAUUACCCAGGGGACUCUUUCUCCUGGCAAAGAUCAUGACUUUUAAUUUUGUUCAGAUUAUGGUGGUGAUCUUGUGGAGUGUUUUCAGUGAGACUCCUAGUCAUAAUCUGCCUCAGGGCUUCAGGUAUGCUUCAUAUGAGGUAACUGUCCCAAGGAAACUGACCCCCCGAGAUGGACAACAAAACUCCCGGGAUAUCAGUUACCUGCUGCAAGUUGAAGGGAAGAGUCAUGUCAUGCACCUCAGGCAGAAGAGGAAUGUUGUCCCUAACCUCUUUCCUAUCUUCACAUAUAGUAAGGAAGGAAAACUCCAAAUGGACUACCCAUUUAUCAGGAAUGACUGUUUCUACAAUGGUUUCAUACAGGAUGAGCCUCAUUCUUUGGUCACUCUCAGCACUUGCUUAGGAGGACUCAGUGGUUUGUUGCAUUUACAAAAUGAGACCUAUGAAAUUGAACCUGUCCAGGCAUCUGUUGGCUUUCAGCAUGUGGUGUAUCAGUUGGAAGGCAAAGAGGAUGACCUUCGAAUUAUGUGUGGGUUCACAAAGGAAGAGCAAAGUCGUCAAGAGGCCAUGAUCCAAAGUAAAGAGAUUUUGGCAGCCCGAGGUUCUAUAGGAAAGUGGUGGCCUCAUACCAGGUAUGCAGAUAUUGCAAUUGUGGUAGAACAUCAACGUUAUGUCAAGUUUAAUAAAAAUGAAACUUUAACAGGUAUACGGGUUCUAGAGAUUAUCCAUAUGACGAAUACAUUCUAUAAACCACUUGGUGUUGUUAUAUCCAUAGUUGGACUGGAGAUCUGGUCUGAAAAGAACCCCAUAAUGAUUUCCAGUGAAUUGAAUGUAUUGUUAGAUAAUUUUAACAAAUGGAGAAAACGCACACUGAAUGACCAUCUACCAAAUGAUGCUGCUCAUUUAUUUGUACACAAAUUUUAUGAACACGCAGCUGGCUUAGCAUUUAUAGGAACUAUCUGUAAUUCCCAAUGGGCGUCUGCUGUAGAAAUAUACAUGAGUUUCAGUGUGUCCUUUUUUUCUGUUAUAUUUGCCCAUGAAUUAGGACAUCAUCUUGGCAUGAACCAUGAUGGAGAACACUGUACUUGUGAGCAAAAAUCCUGCAUUAUGGCUCCAUUUCCAGAUGAAGUUGACAAGUUUAGCGAUUGUAGCUAUAGGGAUUACUUCAAACGAAGAAAUGCUCAUUGCUUAUUAACUGCCGCAGAUCCAAAUACUAUAUUUAAACUCAAAUACUGUGGCAACAAAAUCGUGGAAAAAGGAGAACAAUGUGACUGUGGUUCAGAAAGCCAAUGUCGGCGCAAUUCAUGUUGCCAAUCUAAUUGUAAAUUUCACUCUGGCGCUGUUUGUAAUGUUGGAAAAUGCUGUGCCAACUGCCAGUAUCGUCCAGCGGGAACUCUCUGUCGGAAAAAAAAUAGUGUUUGCGAUCUUCCUGAGUACUGCACUGGGACUUCAGAAUUGUGUCCUGAAGAUGUUUAUGUGCAAGAUGGUGCCCCAUGUAAUGAUGCUGCAUACUGUUAUCAUGGGAACUGUGCUACUCACAAGGAACAAUGCAAAAUGAUAUUUGGGAAGAAAGCCACUGUUGCUUCAGAGAACUGUUUCAGACUAAUUAAUGCACGGGGUGAUCGCUUUGGCAACUGUGGUGUUAAAUAUGGAACUUACAGCAAAUGCAAGGCUAGUCACAUCCUGUGUGGUCGAAUUCAGUGUGAUAAUGUGGAGAAAUUACCAACUCUAGAGGAAGAUAGCACCAUAAUUCAAACAAUCAUUGGCAAUAGACAUUGUUGGGGUACAGACUACCACAGUGAAUCAGAAAAGGUUGAUAUUGGAGCAGUGACAGAUGGCACUCCCUGUGGUACGGACAUGCUGUGUGUAGACAAGCAAUGCAAAAACCUAUCCACCUUGAACUAUGACUGCGACAUAAGGAAAUGCCACAAUCGGGGAAUAUGCAACAAUCGUAGACAUUGUCACUGUGAUUAUGGCUGGGGUCCUCCUUACUGUAUGGGUAAGGGCUAUGGUGGCAGUAUUAACAGCGGACCCAUUCUUCAAGAUAGAAGUUUUGUCAUUGCAGGGAUUAUUACAGGAAUACUAUUUGUCCUCCUAUCAGUUGUUUUACUGGGUGCAUAUUACAGGACUGAACUGAGACAGCAAUUUAGAAGAUUGGGUUCAAGUAUUCAUCCAGCAGAUGUAACUCUCAAAGAAAGCCCACAAAAGAGCUAAAAAGUUUCAGGUGAUGGGGAAAUGUUGUUAGAAAACAAAGGUGUGAGCCCCCAGGAACAAAAGGUGAUGAUUUCUUCAAUCAAGUCCCGAAAUGAAGAAGUUUGCAAAUGUAAAUAUCUUUACGGUUCUGAUUCCACUGUCAGCAAUCUCUCAACCCAAGCGGAGUACUUGACUGGACAAACAUUGGUUGAUGUUAUCAGAUAAGACACAGAAACUGUCUAUUGUUCUACAUAUACAAACAAUGGGAUUAUCGCCUUGGCCAGGAAUAGCUGGGGAUCAGCCCAGCCUGAAAUGUGAAGACCUCUAGGAUUCACCUUGUUAUAUCUUGGCAUGAAUUGAAUAAAUUGUUAUACACAGGGAGAUAGAAAAAGUAUCAAAAGAUGCAAAGUAGACAGAAAGUUGAAAUAAAAAGAUAUAGUUUAUUAAAGAGUUGUGAUAAUAUAGCUUUGUGGGGGAGUCACUGCUGCUGGUCUGUUUUCAAUAUCCUUCUUCUCUGCAAUUGCAGAAGUCCAGAAAAGGAUUUUUUUAAUGAAAUAAAAAUUAUAUUUUUAUUCUUGUGCCCUUGGAGAAACCAUAAGUCAUUGCCAGGGGGGAUUUAUUGUGUUCUACAACAACAACAAAAUCCUCUUCGUACUAGGGAAAAAGAACAUUAUAGUAAUGAAAUUUCAAGAAUGCUAUUUAAAAAAACAAAUAACCUCAUAAAAAUAGUCACAAAAUAUGAAUAUUUUGAUGACACAAUAUAAAGCAAUCUGCAGGAAUACUAAUAUAAUAUGGAUAAAUAGAAAACACACCUUCAAUACCAGAAGUACAAAUAUCACACACAAACAACUCAACUAGUUCAAAUGUUUGCUCUAGCUCCUAGAUUUGUGCAUUCAGUUACAAACACACAAAUGGGGAGAGGGGGAGAGUAGAGUGACUAUAAGAGCAGAAAUGCUUGGAUAUUAUAGCAAAACAUUUAAAUUUCCAGUUGUUUUACCUCCUACAUAUGAAAUCAAGCUACACAAAAGCUUGCAGUCAUAAAAUGAGAAGAUGGAUAUGCAAAUGUAGAUGGAUCU